CAAAUAUUCAAGUUCGAAUAUGAACCGAAUGUCAAUUUAAUUUGAACGCUAAUUGUUAAAGCAAUUCCAAUUUGUUUGUGAUGCUGAUAAACACGUACCUUAUUUAGUUCAUUAGUGGCAUCGCAAGUUUUCUUAACAGUUUUUCAAAACAUUUAAAUUUUAUAUUAUUCUAUUACGCAGACGGAAUUUGCUAUACAGAAGCAGAAGAGGAGAAAAAUUUUUUAAUUUAUUUUUCUGUGAGCCGUUUCUUGAUUGUUAUCGGUGAAGAGAAAUCAUUGUGUAAUGAAGUCUACUGCAAAUUUGCAAUUAAUUUUAUUGAAUUGUUGAUAUUCUUGAAAUGUAACAGAGUGGUGGAUUUAUUAAAUUUAAAUUGUCAAUUUAACAGUAGAUACGAAAAUUACCAAUUUACGUGGAUGUGUUUGUUUUUUUUUUUGCAUGAAAUUGGAAUAAUUUAAGAAGAAAGAAAAAAAUUGUUUAAUGAGAAAAACCGAAACAUAUUAAAUCGACUAAAAUUAAAUGUGUCAAUAUAACAAAAAGUCAGUGUGUGGUGUUAAGUAAAAAAAUGAACUCAUCAAUUUAUCUUCGUUAUGUUUUCACAAAAAUGUACACUGAAAUAAUAUGGCAAAAAUAAAUGAUCGAUAUUGAGUUAAAAAAUGUUAAAAUGUAAAGGUUACAUGAAACGUGAAUAGCUUAACUACAGAUCGCAGAAAAUGGAUAAAUUCUCUAGUCACUUGUUGAAUUGUAAAUAUUAUGUGUUUUGCUUAAUUGUUAUGUGUCUAUUCGGUCCGUUACCUGUGAUGUCAAAUGGAAUGACAAUGCCACCGUCGACAUCGAUAAAUUUCACUACGACACACAUUAUUGAAUCAGAACCAAUUACUGAUUCGGAAACUCUGCCGGGUUUGAGCCAUAUACCGGGAUGGAGAUGUCAUUGUUGGAAUUCCACAAAUGAAUCAGAGGCUGAAUUAGAGUGCAGAUGUGAGGGCAUGGCACUGACCAGAAUACCACAGACAUUGCAUGCUGGCAUGCAAAAGUUAACGAUAACAAGAGCUGGAUUACCGUUCCUGAGAUACGUUGGACUUAAAAAUUAUUCAAAUUCAUUGCAGGAUAUAAUGUUAACCGAUUUACUGGAAUUCGAAACCAUUGAACCUGGUGUCUUCACUCCUCUUCAUCUGUUACGAACAUUAUACAUAUCUCAUGCACCAAAACUGAAAUCGAUAUCUGCAGAUGUUUUUCAAGGAAUUUCUUCCUCGUUUAGAUCUCUACGAAUAAUAAAUUGUGGUUUAUUGACGGUUCCAGACAUGAAAUACCUUUCGCCUGGAGUCAUAUUGUAUAUGAUUGAUUUGGAAGGUAACCAGAUAUCUCAAAUACCUGAAAAGACUGUUAAAGUAAAAACUGAACAAUUAAUUCUUGACAAUAAUCCUUUAGAAAUUAUACAAAAUAAUGCUUUCAUGGGCUCGGAAAUAGCAAAAUUAAGUCUAAAAGGAAAUCAUAAGCUGACAUCGUUACAUCCUUCAGCCUUUGUAGGCAUAGAGAAUAUUCAAGAGCUGGAUCUGUCGGGCACAUCUAUUGAAGCCUUGCCAUCAAAUGGAUUGAACAGUUUAGAAAUUUUAAGGAUUCAAAAUACUCAUACCCUAAAGACUAUACCAUCAGUGUACAAUUUCAAGAAUCUCCGCGUAGCUUGGCUAACUCAUUCUUUUCACUGUUGUGCAUUUCAAUUUCCAUCCAGACACGAUCCACAACGUCACGCAUCGAGAAUGGUGCAUUUGGCGGCAUUGCAAAAAGAAUGCAUGAGUGGUAAACAUUUACCAACGGAAAUUGUUCACACAACGGAUGAUCCGAAUGCCUCUGAUUAUGAGAGUCUACUUUUUCCUCAGAAUGAAAAUCAAUCGUCAUUCGAGGGUGUUUGGUCGCCAAUUUCGUCUAAUGCUUCAAGAGAUAGAUUGACACGAUCUGCGGGACAAAAUGAUUCGUCGUUUUCGGAAAUAUUUUAUGACCAUUUCGAAGGAAACGAUGACUCUAUCCUGCACCAAAAUUUCACACACUUUGAGUCAAACAUUGGACGUGAUCAUUUCAUUAAUCCCAUAACCGGAUCACCGAUUGACAAUGAAGAUGUGCAAAGUAAUCGCAUUGGAACUGUAAACAACCCAAUGGAUUUUGGGACGUUUCAUGCAACCACAGCUGAUGUAUCACCCAACAGCUUGCUGAAUGCCAUUUGUGGGAACAUAUCAAUGAACAUCGUUUCAGUACAAUGCUAUCCGAUGCCAGAUGCAUUAAACCCUUGUGAAGACGUUAUGGGCUCUCAGUGGCUUCGUGUAUCUGUGUGGAUCGUGCUAUUUCUCGCUGUGUUCGGCAACUUCUCCGUGCUGAUGGUUCUAUUUUCAAAUUGGAGUGAUGUCACCGUUCCGAAGUUUCUCAUGAGCAAUCUGGCAUUCGCUGAUCUGUGUAUGGGUCUUUAUCUGUUGCUCAUUGCUGCAAUUGAUGUUCAUUCGAUGGGAGAAUAUUUCAAUUUCGCUUACGACUGGCAAUAUGGCUCUGGUUGUAAAGCAGCCGGUUUUCUCACCGUUUUUGCGAGCCAUUUAUCUGUAUUCACUUUAGUUUUAAUAACAGUUGAGCGCUGGUUUGCCAUCACAAAUGCCAUCAACUUAAACAAGCGAAUAAAACUGAAACUCGCCUCGAUAAUAAUGGUUUGCGGCUGGAUAUACUCGAUCAUAAUGUCCGCAUUUCCGUUAAAUGGCAUCAGUAACUAUUCGUCAACUAGCAUAUGUCUGCCAAUGGAAGCUAGAGAUUCGUAUGACGUAACAUACUUAGUGUUAAUAAUUGCUAUUCAAGGCCUGGCAUUCUUUGUCAUAGCCAUUUGUUAUGCGCAAAUUUAUUUCUCUUUGGGCAAGGAGACUAGACAAGCGGCGAGAUAUGCUUCGAGGGGAGAGAUGACGGUUGCCAACAAAAUGGCUUUAUUGGUGUUUACGAAUUUCGCAUGCUGGGCUCCAAUAGCAUUUUUUGGACUAACUGCACUUGCAGGUGUCCCAUUAAUCGACGUAGCCAAAUCAAAGAUUCUUCUCGUAUUUUUCUACCCAUUGAACUCUUGUGCUGAUCCGUACUUGUAUGCCAUUCUUACGGCUCAAUAUCGACGUGAUCUAUUCCUUCUACUGUCAAAAUAUGGCUUCUGUAAAGAAAAAGCCCAACAGUACAAACUAAGCUAUUCUUUACCCACAACAAAUAUGACCUGUCCAAUACCACUAAUUGGCCGAAGUACUUCAACCGAUCGUACAGCAACAGCGCGGAAACCAUACUGUGAAUAUAACGGCGAAGACGUUUAGGACGCAAGACCAUUAUGAAUUUAAGAAAUUUACUUGCUAACAAUGUUGGCGGCUGAGCCAUUGCUUUUGUAUUCGAAUGAAGGGAGAAGAGAAAAAAAUAUAAGGAAGGACCAGUAUUCACAUCGGCAGCAGUCUUUUACUUUGUGUUGUGUACUUCCCCAUAUAUUUCGAUUUCAGUGAAAUAAAUGUAUUCAAAUAUGUGAA